AUGAGCAUUUAUCACGACGAAGUAGAAAUUGAGGAUUUCGAGUAUGACGAGGAAGAGGAAAUGUACUACUACCCUUGUCCAUGCGGAGACCGCUUUCAAAUUUCCAAGGAAGAAUUGAUGGAAGGAGAAGAAGUUGCCACAUGCCCAAGCUGCUCAUUAAUUAUAAAAGUCAUUUAUGAUCCGGACAUGUUCAAAGCUGAAAAUCAGGAUAAAGGUGUUCUUAAUGAAAAAUUGACACAAUUAAAAUUGGAAACAAACUAG